CUGUCCUGCGCCUCAGAGAAGGAGACGGGCGAGAGGAGGGAGGUCCGUCUCACUGGUCGGAGCCUCUGGCCAUUUUGUCUGGGUCCCUCAGCCUCUGGGUGGCUGCCCUCUUGGUGUGGAGAUACAGGCAGAUCCGCGAGGCUGACAGGCUGUCAUGGCAACCAGUGGCGACCCAGAAGAGGAGCAGGUAGUCCCGAGUGAAGAGGAUGAAGCCGACGUGAGGUCUGUGCAGGCCCGGUACCUCCGGAGCCCCUCCCCCAGCCAGUACUCAAUGGUCUCAGAUGCAGAAACAGAAAGCAUUUUCAUGGAUCCCAUUCACCUCUCCUCAGCUGUUGCAGCUAAACAGAUCAUCAAUGAAGAACUCAAGCCACGUGGGGUCAGAGUUGAGGCAGAGUGUCCAGGCAUGCUGGAGUCUGCCGAGCAGUUGCUGGUGGAGGACCUGUACAACCGUGUCCGGGAGAAGAUGGAUGACACCAGCCUGUACAACACUCCCUGCGUCCUGGACCUCCAGCGGGCCUUGGUCCAAGACCGCCAAGAGGCUCCCUGGAAUGAAGUGGAUGAGGUCUGGCCUAACAUCUUCAUAGCAGAGAAGAGUGUGGCUGUGAACAAGGGGAGGCUGAAGAGGCUGGGAAUUACUCACAUCCUGAAUGCAGCUCAUGGCACUGGUGUCUACACGGGGCCUGAAUUCUACACUGGCCUGGAGAUCCAGUACCUGGGUGUGGAGGUUGAUGACUUUCCUGAGGUGAAUAUCUCCCAGCAUUUCCGGAAGGCAGCCGAGUUCCUGGAUGAAGCCCUGCUGACCUAUAGAGGGAAAGUCCUGGUCAGCAGUGAAAUGGGCAUCAGUCGCUCGGCCGUGCUGGUAGUAGCCUACCUGAUGAUCUUCCACAACAUGGCCGUCCUGGAGGCCUUGAUGACUGUGCGCAAGAAGCGGGCCAUCUACCCCAACGACGGCUUCCUGAAGCAGCUCCGGGAGCUCAACGAGAAGCUGAUGGAGGAGCGAGAAGAGGACUUCAGCAGGGAGUUGGGGGAGGAGGCGGCGGAGGAGGACGAGGACGCCGGGAGCACCGCGGCGGCCAGAGUGCGCACCCUCACGGUGGAGGAGGAGGACGACGCUGCCAGUCACCUGAGUGGCUCCUCCUUGGGGAGGGCCAGCCAGGCCUCCAAGCCCCUCACCCUCAUCCGUGAGGAGGAGGAGGAGAAGCUCUGCGAGGCGUGGAAAAGGGGGCAGAGCCUCCCCACGGGCAAGGUCCCGCAGGGCGAGGACGGCAGGUUCUCAGCCUCCUCUCGUCAAGGUGAGGAGCCUGAAGAUGAGGAUGUGGAGCGAAUCAUCUGGGAGUGGCAGAGCCGAAAUGAGAGGUACCAGGCAGAAGGGCAGCGGAGGUGGGGUAGGGAGGAGGAAGAGGAGGAGGAGAGCGAUGGCGGCUCCUUCAUGAGGAGAAGAAGGAGGCACACGCUGAGCGAAAGCAGCACCUCCGAGAGUGUGAGCAGCCAUGACAUCCGGGUCCUGAAGCAGCAGCUGGAGAUGAGCAGCCAGAACAGAGGCGGGAGACGCCGCUCUGACUCCAUGUCCACGGAGAGCACCUGGGACAUGUGGAACCAGAGGCUGCAGGAGAUUGAGAAGGAGGCUUCCCGGAAGUACCACUCCAGGAACAAGAGAGAGGAGGUGGAUGCCAGCUCGGAGGUGGGGAGCAGGCUGCGGGAGGAUGACGAGGAGAGUGUGGCCUCUGAGGCCAGCUCCUUCUAUAACUUCUGCAGCAGAAACAAGGACAAACUCACUGCCCUGGAAAGGUGGAAGAUCAAGAGAAUCCAAUUUGGAUUUCACAAGAAGGACUCAGAGGCAGGAGAUGGCAGCAGUGAGCAAGGUGCGGAGGAGGUGGAGGGAGAGAAGAAAAGCCUCUCUGAUGUCAAUCUGUCUGCCUACCAGGCCUGGAAGCUGAAACACCAGAAGAAGGUGGGCAGUGAGAACAAGGAGGAGGUGGUGGAGCUCGGCAAGGGAGAGGACCUGGCCUUGGUCAAGAAGAGGCAGCGGAGGCUGGAGCUGCUGGAGAGAAGCAAGCAGACCCUGGAGGAGAGCCAGUCCAUGGGGAGCUGGGAGGCAGACAGCUCAGCUGCCAGUGGGAGCAUCCCCCUGUCUGCGUUCUGGCCAGCAGCCCCCUCAGUCAGCGCUGAUGGGGACACAGCAUCAGUGCUCAGCACCCAGAGCCACAGCUCCCUUCCCUCUCAGGCCCUGAGCAAAGUAGGCAGAUGCUUGGCUUCCACCCCCACCACACCUCUACCUAACCUGCAUGUGGGGCCUGGAGACGCAAUUUCCAUUGCCAGCAUACAGAACUGGAUUGCCAACGUAGUCAGUGAAACUCUUGCCCAGAAGCAAAAUGAAAUGCUGUUGUCGUCCCGCCCACCAUCCGUUGUAAGCAUGAAGGUGGCACCAGCAGGCAGCUGCCUAGGAGAUGACCAAGGCUCCAUGCUCAGUGGACAGAGCAGUUCCUCCCUGGGGGGCUGCCUGCUGCCUCCAAGCCAGGCAAGACCCAGCUCUGAGACCCAGUCUGUGUUGUCCUCCCAUACCAUGAGUAGCACAAGAGCUGAAGGUGCUGGGAGCAAAGUGAAGGGGACCAGCAAGCCUAUCUAUAGCCUCUUUGCUGACAAUAUUGACCUAAAGGAGCUUGGCCGGAAGGAGAAGGAGAUGCAAACAGAGCUGAGGGAGAAGAUGUCUGAGUACAAAAUGGAGAAGCUGGCCUCCGACAACAAACGCAGCUCCCUUUUCAAGAAGAAGAAGGUCAAGGAAGAUGAGGAUGAGGAUGAUGACGUGGGUGACAGGGAUGAGGACACUGACAGCGCCAUAGGGAGCUUCCGGUAUUCUUCCCGCAGUAAUUCCCAGAAACCCGAAACAGACACCUUCUCCUCCCUGGCUGUCUCUGAUGGCUAUGGAAGCGGCAGCAGAGCUGGCAGAGAGAUGGAUAACAGUAUUAAUAAGUGGCUCAGUGGCCUCAGGACAGAGGAAAAAUCUCCUCCCCAAAGUGAUUGGUCUGGAAGCUCCAGGGAAAAGUACACCAGAUCUUCCCUGCUUCGGGAGACAGAAUCUAAGUCUUCCAGUUACAAGUUCUCCAAAUCUCGGUCAGAGGAACAGGACACCUCCUCCUACCACGAGACCAACAGCAACUCGGUAAAAAGCACUUCACGGUUCUCUGCUUCCUCCACCAGGGAAGGCAGAGAGAUGCACACAUUCUCCAGGUCCACGUUUAGUGAGACCUCAGGCUCCCGAGAGGAAAGCCCAGAGCCCUACUUUUUCCGCCGGACCCCCGAGCCCUCUGAAGGAGAAGAGUCCCCAGAACCACGGCGUCCAAAUGGGGCCAGAUCCAGGGACUGGGAAGAUGUGGAAGAGUCAUCCAAGUCAGACUUUUCUGAAUUUGGAGCCAAGAGGAAAUUCACCCAGAGUUUCAUGAGAUCUGAAGAGGAGGGAGAGAAAGAGAGGAUGGAAAAGAGAGAAGAAGGGAGGUUUGCUUCAGGGCGGCGGUCCCGGUAUUGGAGAAGCACUGACAGGGAGGAGGAGGAGGAAAUGGAUGAUGAAGCCAUCAUUGCUGCCUGGAGACGCCGGCAAGAAGAAACAAGGACUAAGCUGCAGAGAAGAAGGGAGGAUUAAGCUGGGCAAAGUGAAUCUGGGAGAGACUGAGAACACAGAAGCCUUACAACUUAGCUCAGGGCUCAAGACACACAUAGCCGCAGCCCACCAAAGGACAAGGAUGGGGAAAGGAUCGUAUGGAGGGGCAGAAGUGAAAUGAGUCGUACCAGGCAGAAAGACACCAGAGGUGGGGUAGGGAGGAAACAGAGAAGGAGAAGAAGAGCCGUAAAUGUGAGGUCCAAAUGAGGGACCAACUGACACCAUUUCUGUUGCCCAAUGCUUCUAAACUUGGAUGCUUCACUUAUAUGUUUGAUUUUUUUCAUCACAGACUAGAGGUGAGCUUACAAAGGCACUGUAGUUUGUUGGAGACUCCAACUUAUUCCAGGAAGGCUGUGAGUACAGGACAUGGUUCUAUAUGUAGAGGUUUCAUAAUGAGACCCAAGAAAUCUAUCCUGUGGCAAGUCUCACCUCUCCCAGCAAUGUUGAGUUCUGGUUGUUUCUUUUGAAUGUUUUGGAUCUCCAUUAAAUUGAUAUGUUGUCAAAUA